ACAAAGAAAGAAAAAAGAGUUGUAAAAAUAUCGAGAAAGUGAAAAAAAAAUAAUCAUAAAGUGAUAAUAAAAAAUUUGCCAACUCAUCCAACUGUACAAACGACGUCGUUCAAUGAGUUUCGUUCCUCCUAUUUAAUCUAAUCUUACGCGUUCUUAAUUUUCAAUCAAUUCGGUGUUCACAGUGUUCAACUUCAACUUCAAGAACAUCAAAUUCUUCUUUCACACUGUAACUGAAAUUAGGGUAUUGAAUUGAAAAUAUGCCUGCUGAGAAUUGGGAUGGAGAAGUGGAAGCAUUUGUUGAAGUUGAUCCAACAGGAAGGUUUGGUCGUUACAAUGAUUUACUAGGUUAUGGAGCUGUGAAAAAAGUUUACAGAGGUUUUGAUCAAGAAGAAGGAAUUGAAGUUGCGUGGAAUCAAGUUCGGCUUCGGAAUUUCAGCGAUGAUCCUGUUCUUAUCAAUCGUCUUCAUUCCGAGGUUGAAUUGCUCAGAAAUCUUAGUAAUAAGUACAUAAUUGUUUGUUAUAGUGUUUGGAAAGACGAUGAUCUCGGUAAUAUCAAUUUUAUUACCGAGGUUUGUACUUCGGGUAACCUUAGGGAUUAUAGGAAGAAACAUCGACAUGUUUCUAUUAAGGCGUUUAAGAAAUGGUCGAAACAAGUGCUUGAGGGAUUGGAAUAUCUUCAUACUCAUGACCCCUGCAUUAUUCAUAGAGAUCUCAAUUGCAGUAACAUCUUUGUUAAUGGAAACAUAGGCCAGGUGAAAAUUGGUGAUCUGGGAUUGGCUGCAAUAGUGGGGCGUAGUCAUGCAGCACAUUCAAUUUUAGGGACACCUGAGUAUAUGGCACCUGAGCUUUAUGAAGAAGAUUACACUGAGAUGGUGGACAUAUACUCUUUCGGAAUGUGUCUGCUUGAAAUGGUUACAACAGAGAUACCUUAUAGUGAAUGUGACAGUGUAGCCAAGAUAUACAAAAAGGUCACAAUGGGAAUUAAGCCUCAGGCCUUUAGCAAAGUCAGAGAUCCAGAAGUGAAGGCAUUCAUUGAGAAAUGCAUAGCACAGCCAAGGGCAAGACCUUCAGCCACUGAUCUUCUUAAGGAUCCUUUCUUUUUUGAACUCAACAAUGAUGAAGAUCAAUCAACACCUAUCACUUGAUUUCCUUCAUUCACUCGUAUACAUUUGCUGACCACCUUUUGUCCAACUAUAGUACUUUUUAAUUCCAACUACAUCAAUAUCCACAAUUGCUUUGUUAGUAUGUUCCAUUUCAAUUUCACUAUAUCAGUAAUGUACAUAACUUCAUCAAUGGACUGAAAGGCAAAUCCAUCCACUUGUUGAUUUGCCAAUCUUAGAACAUGCAAAACAAUAUAGAAGAAAAUUUUCCUUUGCAUAUCAUGGUAGUCAGAGAUUAAAUCGACUCAAAACUGUCCUAUUUAUGACAAGGUGAGACCCACAAAUUAAUGUUGUGGCAAAUAUGUAGUGGAAAGCACCAACUCUUGAGUUGAAUCUAUUGGCUGUCUUUAAUUAUUGACUA